AUGGCCUUGUCCAACGAUGUUCGGACGCGCCGCAGACUGGGCCAUGCAGGCUUAAUCUUGCUGGCGUUUUUUCACUGCGGGAGAGUCUGGUUGUCAAACAUUGGCCGCGCCAGAGCUUUCCGAAUCAGCCGAGCUGCGCAACCCGAGGAUUCGACAGCCGAUGGCACGGAUUGGGACCAGGAGCUGCGUCGCGUCACCGAACGGCUGAAGCAGAAGGAAUUGCAGGAGGAGGGGCUCUCCGCAACGAAGCCCUUGUUCCGCCAAAGUGAUGAGUGGACAGUGGAGAGGGUGGAGCUCCAAGAUGGCGUUCCCCCUGUGGGCUCCGUGUUGAUGGCAAAUCCUCGCAGCUUCCUGGACAAAGUGACGCCAGUUGCUGCGAUGCGCACGGGGUGGAUGCCAUCUCUGGAAUCCUCGCGGAGGGACAAGGCUCGUCUACCAGUGGUGCUGAUCACCCGCCGCACAGCCGACAGUCUCCAGGGUGUGCUAUUGGGCAGCUGGAGUGGCAAAUUGCUGGGGGAUAUGGAUGCGCAGUACUUCAUGACGCGACCGCUCUACAUUGGAGGCGUCAACGUCAGUGGCCUCUCCAUGGUUCACUCGUACCCCGAAAUGCCUGGGUCCUGGGAACUCAUCGAUGGCCUGGCAGCUAGUGACGACUUCAACAUGGCAUGUGAUUGGAUCGAGAAUGGUCCGGGGUCUGCUCUACGCUUCAAGUUCUUUUGGAACCAGGUGGUUUGGCGCAUGGAUGAGAUCGACGAGCUGGCGCCGGAGCAAGGGAUUUGGAUCCCUGUGACGGUGAGUGGCGAUCUUCUGCUGCGCGAACCGGACUCCUCCUUUGAGGAUCCGCUCUGGGCGCAAUAUGCCUUGAAGGCGGGCGGAGAACUGAAGGAGCUGGGCGAAAGGUUUGGUCUUUUCCCUCCGGACGCGUAG